AUGUUGAUGUUGCAUCAUCACAAAGUCAACAUGACGUCAGUGAAGAACAUCUUCUCACCUGAGCGGCAGGAGUGGACAUCCAGGAUGGAGCAGGAGGAGCCACAGCCCCCCUACAUUAAAGAGGAGGAGGAGGAUUACAGCGUCAGUCAGGAUGGAGAACAUCCUGAAGGACUGGAGGAGUUCUCAGUGAUCCGUGUUAUCGUGAAGGGUGAAGAAGAAGAAGAGGUCAAAGGUGAAAGUGAGGAAAGGGGAGAGGCGGAGAGACCAAGCAGCAGCUCAGCUCGACACAUGACAACAGAAGGUGAUGGCGGAGACUUAGCUCCACUGUCCGAUGGUGACGAGGCGACGUCUCACUCUGCUGACUCUGAUGAUGAAGACGAGAAGAUGGGUCAGAAGGACAACACUCGCUUUAUCUGCUCUCAGUGCGGGAAAACAUUCAGUGAGCGGUGUAAUCUGAAAAGACACACGAGAAUACACACCGGAGGGAAACCUUUUACCUGCUCGGUGUGCGGCGCGGGGUUUGCGCGAAAAGACGAUCUGAAAAUACACACGAGAACGCACACCGGAGAGAAACCCUUUUCGUGUUCCGUCUGCGACAAAAGCUUUUGUGUCCAAACCAACCUGGUAAGACACAUGAGGACUCACACCGGAGAAAAACCCUAUUCAUGUUCCAUCUGCAACGCCACUUUUUGCUUCCGAACAAACCUGGUAAGACACACAAGGACGCACACCGGGGAGAGACCCUAUGCUUGCUCAAGCUGCAACAAGAGCUUUUGUGUCCAAUCGCACCUGGUGAGACACACGAGGACACACACUGGUGAGAAAGUGUUCAGCUGUGGUGUGUGUGACCAAAGGUUCUCUUAUAAAUACCAGCUGAACAAACACAAGUGUGUUGCUGACCUCGGCAAUAGGGGAAGAUCCUCUAUGACUUCCUGAAGGACUGGACUCUGUUCAGGUAGCAGCUCAAUAACAAUAAGCACUCGUCAUUCAUUGUCGCAGGUCAAGCUGGACUAGAAGGGGGUCUCCACGUCUGUCACCACUUCUCAAGGUUUCUUCUUCUUCCCCAGCUGCGGCUUUUACAGUUUUUCCUUGCCCGGAUGUGGGUUUAGAUCAGGAGAUGUGGUUUUGAAGCCCAUUUAGACACUUGUGCUUAUGAAGGUCUAUAUGAGGAGUGUACAUACUCCGCCCACGGUCCAAGUUAAAUGUGAAAUUCCGUAUUUCCUUGAAUUGCCGCCGGGGCGCUAAUUAAUUUGAAGCCUCUUCUCACUCUGGCGUUUACUAAAGUCAUGCGGUAAAGGCAAGCAUGCGCUGAUUAAUUUAAAACCUCUUCUCUCAUCCGCGCUUACCGAAGCCAUGCGGUAAAUUUAGGCCUGCUCUUAUAAAUUUGAGUGUGAUGUAAGGAUACCAUCAUGAAAAGCACAUUUGAUAAAAAUAAAAAAACGUUAUUAUGGUCUUACCUUUACUUAUAAAUGAAGUCCAUGUGCAGCUCCUUCUGAUCAAAAGCAUGGAUAACUUGUUUAUAGAAGUCUUCCUUAUCUUUCUUCAGUUUUAAAAGUCUCUCUGUCUCAAUGGAGAUCUUCCUUUAUUACCACCUCUUUUGAUUGAAAGUCCAGUUUAGAAAACGGUUUUAUUUUAGAUAUGUAAUCCUCCACAAGAGAGAGGAAAAAAAUAAAGGAUGGCUGCUCACUCUUGCUGCUUGUUGUCACUUCUUCUGCAGCCGAGUAGUCGCAAGAAGGAUCACUAGCGCCCUCUACCACCAGGAGGCGAUAGUCAUUUAAUGACUCAUAUUUGACACACGCAGCUAUGGUAUCUUAAUAAAGCAUAGCUGCUUACUGUUCUUUUUAGCAUAUUUAAUAGCUUGGACCUUAAAUCCUACUGAAUAGCUCUUAAUCUUCUUCCCUUUAUGCGAUUUCAAAUGAUUGAAAUCAGCCUCCUCCAUUUUGAAAGAGAUGACAGGUGAAGUGUCACUCGUGACGUGACGAGUUUGACCCGGCGGAAAUUCUAGACAUGUGCUAAUUAUUUUGCGAAACGAAUUUGACUUGGCAGUAAUUCUAGGCAGGUGCAUACUUUAUACCUGGUAGCAAGUCAAGGAAAUACAGUAGCAGACAGCCUCAUUGCUGCAAACCUGAUGUCAUCUUGUGGACUAUGUACAUGAUUAGGUUGAUGACCAUGAAUUCUACUAGGAAGUGUGCUGAGCACAGCAUUUGUUUAUAUGACCCAAUCCAAACAACCUUUUCCACUCAUGGUGCAGAUAAAGUGUAACCAAAGUCAACCCACAUUAUGAGAAAUAACACAACCUGCUCACUGAACUUUGUGGACUUUAUAAAAAAAUGUCCUGGCACCAAACAUCAUUUAAAAUGACACCCACUUAAAGGGGAACAUUAUCACAAUUUCAAAAGGGUUAAAAACAAUAAAAAUCAGUUCCCAAUGGCUUGUUGUAUUUUUUGAAGUUUUUUUCAAAAUGUUACCUGUCUCGGAAUAUCCCUAAAUAAAGCUUUAAAGUGCCUUAUUUUCGCUCUCUGCGAAGACACUGGCCAUUUCCCUGUGACGUCACACAGUGCUGCCAAUGUAAACAAACAAUGGGAAUACCACAGCAAGAUAUAGCGACAUUAGCUCGGAUUCAAACUCGGAUUUCAGCGACUUAAGCGAUUCAACAGAUCACGCAUGUAUUGAAACAGAUGG